UAUUAAGCUGAAUCCUGCUGAAUAAACGAAAAUUCAAAAAGUGUAAUUAGCGGCUGCUGUCAACGACGUUUUCUUAAAGUUUGUGUAGUGACUUUGUCAUAAUUGCAUGUUCAUGUUAAUUUGUGAACAGAAAAAGGGAAACAGUUCAAAUUGUAUUAUUAUAAAAUUAAAAGAACAGGAGAUUUGUUUGCAAGAUAUUAAAUUGAAGAAACAACAAUACCAGUUGCGAGUGUGCGAAAGGAAGGGAAUAAAAAAAUGGAUCCUUUUACACAGCGAAUGCUUGAAAAGGCAGAGCAACGCAGUCGUGUUUUAGGCAUUUCUAAAGCAAGCGAAUACCCAAUUACUACAACGGAGCAAAUAUCUCAACAGCUACCUGUUAAAAACAAAUCUAAUCGGCAGCAGCAAGUUGUGGAUAGUGUUACAGCUACGUGUGCGCAAACGUUGACAAAUAACGAAAGCAGUAAGAAUUUUAACAAGAUGCAAGUAGUUGAAACGACGCCAUUAGGUGAAGAAACAGUGUCAUCCAAUGAAAACAAAGUCCACCGGCAGUUUACCGCUGUUGGUAAAGAAAAUUUGGAUUUAGGAAUAGAGAUUAAUAUUGUUACAAAUAAAGAUGUUGAGGUCGAGGUUCAAGUUGAAGAGAAAGAUAUAGCCAAUGAUGAUGAUGACCUUAAUAGUAUGAAAUCAGUGACUGAACAGCCCUUGGCAAAAAUACGUGACACAUCGCGUAGCCGACUGCAACGUCUUGGGGCCCUUUAUGCUAAUCCCAAUGACAUUUCAUCGCCAAUACAUAGAACUGAGGGUGACUUCUAUUCAGAUCCUCCUGUCGACGACCUUGAAGUAAAGAAUGCGAAACGUACAAAACCACAUUUUGGAAAAUUAGCUGAACUAGCAAGUUCUAUUAAUCAGUGGGAAGAUGAUACUUCUCAUCAUAACAUACACCCUGUGAAAGCAGUCCCGCCGCCUAAACCUGAUCUACCAAGUAGAAAAAUAUUAAAUAAAUCACAAACUAAUUUGAAUGAGAGGUCUAUAAGUGAUAUGGUAAAUAAAGGAAGCACAUCUGCUUCUACUGUCAAAAUUACUAAACAAUUGACUUGGGAUCCACAGGUCAUAAAUUCUUUGGAAGCACAAGGUUUUCAAAGACGUGAUUCAUCUACCGUUAAAUUAGCUUACGCUUACCCAAGCGAGCAGGAAAAAACAGAAAUGGAAAAAACACAAAAUGAUAAUAUUAAAAUUGACUCUAAUCAAGUCAAAGUAGCAAACUUGACUAACACAUUUUCGAAAGUUUUAGAAAAUAAUCAAAACUCAAUUAACACUCACGAGCGGAAAUUGGGGAAUGUUAAAGUUGGUUUAGUUUCGGAUAGAACAGCUGCAUUUGAGAAUAAAAGAAGUGGUAAUCAAGAAACGCAGCGGCAGCAGAAAGAUCCUACAGAAUUAUCACUUAAAGAGCGAAUGCAACUGUUCGAAAGAAACAAAGACAAAGCGCUUACACCUAAAGCCGCACUGGGUAUGGCACCAUCUAUAAGUAAAAUUCAAAAAGAACAAAACGCUCCAAAAAGGAAUGAUGGCCUCAAAGCGACAACCGCGGUAGUCACAUCUGCUAAUGUAAAUUUAAUAACCCAGCCCGCAAAGGUUAAUAGCGAAAGCAAACUGCGAGAAAAAGUAGCAGCGCUUGCCUCUAGUACAUCCACCAUUGCUGAGAGCAAAAUUAAAGCCGAUAUACAAAAGCAACGACAAGAGGAUAUGAAAAUUAUUUCCAACCGCUUUCAAUCGCACAAAAAUAUUUUCUCACAAGAUGAGAAGCAAAAUUUGCAGAUGGAAGUGCCCAAAACACAAAUGAAAAAGACUUCGGCUUCUCUUCAUCCUUCCUCACCACCACCUCCGCCACCAAUGCCGAAAAUUCCAUUAGCAGUAAACAAUAAACGUCAUUCACCCAGUGAUAUCAUUGAAGACGAAAAAAAACGAGCACGUAAAUCUGCGACUAUUAUAACGCGACCAGGAGCAGCGGCAGCUCGUCUCUAUCCAGCGUUGUCAGACUUGGAAUCGGACAACUCGGAGUCAGAGAUAGAUAAGGGCAAUGAAGGCACUACAGCUACAUUGUCGGGUGAAAGUACCGCAGACGAUCAAACGCGCAAAUUGCUUGUGGAAAAUGAAAUCGCCAACGUGGAUGGUAAUAGCACCGAUGAAAGAAAUGAAAGCUGCGCAAACUCGGAGGAUACGGAUGAUUCAAGUAUAGAUAUUUGCAACGGCACUUUAGGCCGCGUAAUAAUGCAAGUGGUACAAAAUAAUGAGAAUAAACAACAAAGAACUGAGCAAAUGAAAAAUGUUAAGGUGUUACCGGAUAACCAGUAUUUUGGCGGCGCAGAUAGUUCAAUGAAUUCUUCUGAAGCUUCAAUGGCUGUUGAUGAUUAUUUAGAUGAGGCUUUAGAAGCUGAGGGCGAUGAUGAAUCUACACAGGAAAGCGCAAAUGAAACAGAUGGAGGAAAUACAAGUCAGCAUUCAAGAGUGAGCAAGGACACAACCGCUUCUAACAGCUUUUCUUUCCGACAAUCAUCAAAAAGAUACAAACACUAUCAAACUAUACCUGAGGAUAAUAUCGCUUCACCCUCUCCUAGUUCAGCAAGUGAAAUGUACACACCACAACCGGUGAAAUCGGAAUUAAGUAUCAAUCGGGACAGCGAAGACAAUAUGGUUACAUUAGUACAUACGGUCAGCUUCUAUAGAAGACAACAGAGUGGAAAUAGUACCAGUUCUACACCAGUGCGUAGAGUGUGCACCGAGCAGAAAGUACUGCGCUCUGCUAUGAAGAAUGACGGACAUGCUGCCAUGAAUCUUAAUUACCUACAGGAGCAGGAGAUAAACGAAGAAAGCGAUAAACAGCAAAAUGCAACAUUUUUGAUGGAAGAUAACUGUGACUCUCUUGGCAAUAUACCGGAUGCGGAUUCAGAUGAUUCGAGUUUAGCAGAGGAAAAAAUUAAAAAGCUAUUGGAUGAAGUUUGUAAGCAACAAACAAUUAUUGCGCAGACCAGUCAAGCUUUGAACUUGUGUGCCGCUACUAUAGAAUUUUCCGGCUCCACUGAGUCUGUGGAGGGCGAACGACAUCUACUCGUAGCAACACAUCGGAGGCAGGCUUGCUUAGAUGAAAUACAACGUUUACGAGUGGAAAAGUGUUUGCGACCAGUCGGUUCGUUACGGGACAAAGGACAUCUUACAGUUAAGGAAAUAACUAUACCAUUGCGUCAGGAUUAUAUACGGAAACUAGCAGCAGACACAAUAUCUGGACAUCAUUUAGUUUGUUUGCUUAAAUACAACGAGCAUGUUUUGGCAACGAAGACAGUGCCAACGCUUCCCGGACUGUUAGCAGUUAAAUUUCCCGAUGUAUUGCAAAUGAAUAAUGUUUAUGCGGACUUUCGGGUUACUUUAGAGAUUUACGGCAUGACUGCACAGCGAGAAAUUUUGCCUCACGAGGUUAAAUAUCACAUAAACUUAAACAAAAAAUCGGGCAUUAAAACGCCAAAAAAGAAAGCUGGAGAAAAUCGUUUAGUUAUGCCUCCUGUGCAAAGCCCAGCUGGACCUAAUGUUGUGCGCACCCCGGCUUUAGUACAAUAUGGGUUUGCUAUAUUUUCACUUCGUGAGAUACAACGUACUACAUGGACGCUAACACAGGUUCUGGGAGUUAGUCCGUUGGAGGGUGUGGUGCACAUGAAAGUAAAUUGCGAAUUGUCUGUAUUGGUGGAGCAUCGUGGAUUUCUUACUAUGUAUGAAGAUAUCUCCGGCUUCGGAGCAUGGCAUCGACGUUGGUGCUACUUAAAUGGCAGUGUACUUAACUACUGGAAAUAUCCCGAUGAUGAGCGGAAGAAAACGCCUAUUGGAACGAUCGAUCUGUAUGCUUGUCGCACGCAAAAAGUGGCAGUCGCACCACGAGAUAUAUGUGCUCGGCUCAAUACAAUGCUGUUGGAGUUUGAGCGGCCCGCCAAGGAGACAGAUGAAGAAUCACUCAUUAUAGUACGUAAUGGACGCAACACUAUUGUGCGGUAUCUUUUGUCUGCUGAUACAAAAGAAGAACGUGAACUAUGGUGUGCCUAUUUCAAUAAAGUUUUACUUUUGCUGCGAUCUUGGGGACAGCCGCAGUAACUCUUAGUUAUGUUUGUCUUAAAUUUAGGUUUACAGAAACCAUCGUGUAACAUUUAAUUAUACAUGUGCAUUACAUGUAGCACAUUUUUGUAGUGAGAAAUAAGAUCCUGACCGCAAUAAUGACGAUUUAAAUCAAACUUUUACUAAAUGCCAAGCUUGGUUACCGUUUAAGUUUGAGUUAAUUACUCCAAGAUGGACUAAAAAGAAUAUAAGUAUUACGUCGAUAUAUUUCCCAUGGAUACAGAUAUGUUGUGUCACUCUUAAAGAAAACAAAUUGCAUCAUCAUAUAUUGUUAUUGUGUUUUCACGCAAAAAAUAUAUUUUCAUUUUAGAUAAUAGAUCCAUUUUUAUUUUGCAUAUAAGCAGCGUUUACCCAAAAUUUACAAAACAAAACCAAAUUUCAUUUUCUACUAUUUAAGCAAGCAUAUAUUGCUAUGUAUGUGUGUAGAUAUUUGUUCUAAGCUAUUAGAAGACGUUUAAUAUUUAAUCGUAUUAAUUAUGGAUUUCACACACUCGAUUUAUGUAUUUUUUACAUUCCACUAUAUGCAUAUUUAUAACAAUUAUAUAUGCCUGUCAAUAAAAUAUAUACUC